UUUCGUUUUUAGACAACACUCACAACAGAAAACAAAAACACAACACAACUCAAACACAGAGAGAUAGAUAAAAGAGAGAGAAACAGAGAUUUGUGUUGAGGUUCAAGAUCUUGUCAGAUCGACCACAACCAACUGGUGAUGGGGAGGGAACUCAUGGAUGUACACAUGGAUAAGAAGCCAAACGGCGUUCUGAAGUCAAAUGGUGCAUCUCACGAUAAUGUCCAUGUUGCCCCCAAAAUUUCAGAGGACCACAUUGAAGCAAAGGACUAUGAUGUGAAAGAAUGCACUGAAGAAAACUCUGUUGAUAAUUGUCAUGACAAACAAGAUGUGGUAGUUGUCAAAAGCAAAAACUUUGAUACUGAUGAGGCUAAGGAUCAACAUGAGAGUCCUGGAUCUCAGAAGUCAAGCUGUCCUACAUCUAAACCUCGUGGUCCUGCUAAUGUGCAUACAAGUAAAAUUGUCUCGCAGCCUUUUGCUCUGGCAACUGAAAAGCGUGCAUCGGGCGCAACUCGGCAUGUUGGGUUUGAAACUGCAGCUGAUGUUAACAAUGUCCAAACCCCUGUUCCUAAGAAAACUUCACAGCCGAGCUCGCCCCUGACAUCAAAGAAGCUAUCUCAACUUGAUAAUAAGAAGCUCCCAGAUGAAGAAGAUACUUGGUCUGUUGCUUCCUCUACUGCUACAUCUGUCCGAAAGGUAACCAUUGGAACAGCUCCUAAAUUUCGAUCUUAUGAACGUGCUGAGAAACGGAAGGAGUUCUACUCAAAAUUAGAGCAAAAACAACAAGCAUUAGAGGCAGAGAGAAGCCAGUGUGAAGCAAGACAAAAGGAAGACCAAGAAGCUGCCAUCAAGCAACUUAGGAAGAACAUGUUUGUCAAAGCAAAUCCAGUUCCUAGUUUUUACUACGAGCCGCCCCCACCAAAGGCUGAACUUAAGAAGCUGCCAUUGACAAGACCCAAAUCUCCAAAACUAAACAGUUUGAGCCGGAGAAAGAGCUGCAGUGAUGCAGUUAACACCUCUUCCCCUGAUGACAAGGGAAGAAUUUGUGCUCGGGCACAGCGCCGCAGCCUCGGUUGCUUCAAAGAAGAAUCCCCUGCUUCCACUACAAAAACUAAGGUGCGAGGACAGAAUACUAAUGGCGCUUGCAAGGUGAAAAACCAACUGAAGCAGUCAGAGAAAACACAAACCUCUCCUCAGAAGAUCACAGAGCAAGCGAUUGCAGAUAUCAGUGUUGAGUCCUGAACUGCUGGUUUUUGACUAACUAUUUAAGUUGGAGAAAUAGUCUUCAAUUUCCAUAACACUACCAUAUGGAUGUUCCAAAAGAAAUAGCCUGUUUCUUUUCAUCUGCAAUGACUUCUUUUAAGUUGUUUGUGUUGAUGUGAAUUGUAUAUUUUUUGUAAGUUAUCUUGGUACAUAUCAUGUUAUAUAUAAAAAUUUAUCAAUUUUAACA